CUUCCUCAUCCUCGACAUAGCCAACGACGGUCUGCGGGACGCCCAGUCAACCCUCCAGGCCUACGAGCUCGAGCCCAUGCAUCACUUCUCCGUGAACACGGCCGGCACCCUGGCCCUCCGUGACAACGUGCGCCAGGUUUGGAAGAUUGUCAUUCCUCAAGAGUGCUAUCGGUAUCUCUUCAUCAUGGAUUGCCUCAUCGCCGUCAGUGCCCUCCACAAGUCGCUCCUGAUCCCGAGCCGGCGUGAGGAGUAUAUGAACGUCGCCGCCUGCCAUCAGCCUCUGGCCAUGAAAGUCUUUGCUGCCCGUCUGGAUCAUGUCAACGAGACCAACUGGGAGACCUCUGCCGAACGAGUUCCGCACCGCUCCACCACGGCAUCCGGACCCCGCUCGGAAACAGGCGUGUAUCCCGCCCGACACCUUGGCGGCCCUCGCCCGCACGUCCGCCGCGCUCGGUCACGACCACUUCCCGGGCGCCAGGACUACCUCGACGCCGCCGCCUCCUUUCAAGUCUGCGCCGAGUUGUUGUCCAAGGGCGGCAUGGUGUUCAUCUGGCAGUACGACAUCUCCGAGCGCGUGCUGCUUGAGCUGCGCGCGCUGAGCGGCCCCGCGCUGCUGCUCGUGGCACACUACUGCGUUUUCUUCCCCGUGAUGGAGGCGCGGCAGUGGUACUUCUGCGGCUCGGCGCGGUAG